CAGACCUUCUAUAAUUACACAUCUGGUAGAUGGUUGUACAACGAGCGUUUGCGUCUCUCUGAAAGGCGACGUCAUAUCGACAUCCAUGAGCUCUGUCAGGCUGUUGCCAAGUCUGUCGGUCGUUCCACUGAUGACAUCACUACCUUCGCAAAAAUUGCUGAAGGUGGUUCAUACCGUAUCUUUGAAGCGACAUUUCAAGAUAGGAUGGAUGUGAUUGUGCGACUUCCAUACCCUUCCACAGUACCUCGAGAAUAUGGUAUUGUUAGUGAGGUCGCUACAAUGGAAUAUCUACGUCUG